UCUCUCUCUCUCUCUCUCUCUGGUCGUGAGGGAGGACAGAGGCACCUGCAUCUUUCCACUGACAGCUCAUUCACAGAAGGACAUUGCCUCCCCAGAAGCUGAAUUUUCGCCUCAUGGAGUUUUCAUUCUUGCUUUAUUUCCCCGUGUUUAUUUGCUAAAGUUCUGGCGAAGUGUAAUGAGGGUCUGAGGAUGCGUUUAUUGGAGAUGCAUCACUGAAGCCCAUCUCGCUCAGUAUCCAGCAGAACAUCAGCAUGAUGGAAUAGGCGUUUCUCUCCCCUCCUUCACAAUGGGAUUAUUCAAACUUUAUUUUGCGUUUUGCAAUCUCGGACUUUUCUGUGUUUCAGGUUUUGGGGUUGAUCCAGCAUUACAUGUGGAUAUCUUCGAGGAGUUUGAUAAUGUGAAGACAAGUGAUGGAGUUUCCCAGGUCCAGGGGUUCCACAAUGAGACCAGAGCGUAUCUGUUUGAAGGCACAUUAAGGAAUGCAAGAGUGUCCCUCAAGGCAGCAGAGAGAAUUCUUCAGAAGCUGAGAGGAAGAACUGAGUUCACUCUUCUAUUGACCCUUAAACAGGAGAAGUUCAGCUCCGGAGUGCUGCUGUCUAUCCACUAUGGAGAUCAGAGGUUUCUGGAGGUAGAGAGCAGCGGUCUGCGUAAUGAGAUCCGUCUCUUCUUCCAAACCUCAGACCAGCGGCAGCAGAGAGAGGUCUUCCCCUAUGGUCUAGCAGAUGGACACUGGCACAAAGUCUCCCUGGCAUUCAGCGCCACCCAAGUGGUGCUCCAUAUUGACUGCAACAGAAUUUACGAAAGGAUUGUGGAGAUGCCAUCUAUGGACUUUCCCAGAGGAACAAACAUCUGGCUUGGUCAAAGAAACGACGCCCAUGGGUUUUUCAGGGGAGUGAUGCAAGAUGUUCAGUUGGUAGUCGUACCCCAUGGAUACAUCAUCCAGUGUCCAGAUCUCAACCGUACUUGUCCCACUUGUAAUGAUUUCCAUGGGCUGGUUCAGAAGAUCAUGGAACUUCAAGAUAUUUUGGCUAAAACAUCAAGCAAGUUGGCACUUGCCGAAGAGAAGAUGAAGUACUUGGAUGGCUGUUACUGUGAGAGGACAUGCACCCUAAAUCGAGAGAUAUACAGGGACGAUGAUGCUUGGAUAGAUGGAUGCAGAAACUGUACAUGCUCAAAUGGCACAGUGGAGUGCGAGAGUAUUUUCUGCCCACCACCUCAGUGUCCCCCUGAUACAGCUCCUAUCUACAUGCCUGGAGCUUGCUGUAAAGAAUGCCAGCCCGUGUGUCUGUUCAGAGGAAGAGUUUACGUGGAAGGUGAUCGCAAGAGCGUACAUGACUCUAAGGGAAACUGUCUGCUGUUUGAAUGCAGGGAUCGAAGUAUGCGUAGGGUUGAGAUCACUUCUUGUCCAGAGCUAAACUGCCCGGAGUCAGAGCAGAUCACACUCACAGACCGCUGCUGUAAAGUGUGCAGAGGGCACGAUUUUUGUGCUGAGGAUCACAGCCGCAGUUGCGUGGAGAAUUCGGACUGCAUUAACCUAGAAGCAGGAGCUUUCUGCAGCUGUAAAGAAGGUUACCAUGCACUCAGGGACGACAGCGCCUACUGCCAAGAUAUCGAUGAGUGUGCAGAGGGGAAACACUACUGCAGGGAGAACACAAUGUGUAUGAACACACCCGGCUCCUUUAUGUGUGUCUGCAACAGCGGCUAUGUCCGCAUUGAUGAUUACUCCUGCACAGGAGUGCAGGAUAAGGAAGCAAAACAUGAUGCAAGGGAACAACUAUGCGAUAAAUGA